AUGGCGGACAUGUACGACUGUCACAGUGCUGCAGAUGCAACGUCUUAUACUACACAGCGCAAUCAGGUCGAGUCACGCCUACUGCGCCUUACUGCUGCGGAAUGCAACGCGAUCUUCGCCUUCGCUCUUAACACAGCGAGCCUCCAGCCAACACAGACCGACAGCCUCCAGGUUGUCAAAAUUGGCCACGCAUUGAACCAGAUAUGCGCACAGAUCCGCAAAGAGACGCAGCAAUUUCUCGAUUUGUACUCCAGGCUACACAUGAUCAAUCCCGUCAGGACACGCCAGAUUCUCAGUGUCAUAAGAGCGCAGGAACGUGCCAAGCUGCUGGCACUGGAACUGGGUUCGGCGUAUUGCGAGUACAUUGGCAGACGUUCGUUUCCUAAGAUGGACAAGGGUGCGCUGGCGCGUACAUUCCCAAAUGUGGAGCGCAUCGUGCUGCUGCAUCAUUCAGAAGAAUGGGAGGACAGACAGCUUGUUAGCAGUUCUGAAGUCUCUGUGCAAGCGUAA